UGAUACAGUAGAGAGAGAGAGAGAGAGAGAGAGAGAGAGAGAGAGAGAGAGAGAGAGAGAGAGAGAGAUUGUGGCUAUGGGGAGACCUCCAUGCUGUGACCAAGUUGGCAUCAAGAAAGGGCCAUGGACUCCUGAAGAAGACAUCAUCUUGGUGUCUUACAUUCAAGAGCACGGCCCCGGGAACUGGAGAUCCGUCCCAACCAAUACAGGAUUGUUGAGGUGCAGCAAGAGUUGCAGGCUCAGGUGGACUAACUACCUCAGACCAGGAAUCAAGAGGGGCAAUUUCACACCCCAUGAAGAAGGCAUGAUCAUUCAUCUCCAAGCCUUGUUGGGUAACAAAUGGGCGGCCAUAGCUUCAUACCUCCCACAGCGGACAGACAAUGACAUAAAGAACUACUGGAACACACACUUAAAGAAGAAGCUCAAGAAGUUGCAAUCACCAUCAUCAUCCUCCAUGAUGGACCCCCACAACAUGGCCUCCUCAGACACAACCACCCCCUCAAGAAGCAUUGAUGACCCCCAUCAUCAGAGAAGGUCAUCAAGCAGCUUGGACCUCAUCACAACCAGCAGCCCUUCCUCAUCGUCUUCCACUCUCAACAAGCUCAGCCUCACCUCCACAUAUGCCUCUAGCACUGAGAACAUCUCGAGGCUCCUUGAGGGCUGGAUGAGAUCUUCCCCGAAAACUAACAGCAACACCAACAACGACCGCCUGAAGUUCCCUGAUGAGAAGGGUUUCACUGGCCACGAGAACAAGAACGGUGGCAGCUGCUAUCGCCCUAAGGCCGAGCAUCAAGAACCUGGCGAUCGCUUGAUCUCCCACGAUGAGUUCGAGUCAAUCCUGUCGUUCGGGAACAUGGACAAUAAUUGCAACGUCUCAUGGGACAAGUCGAAUGGCAAUUCAACUCAUCAUCCUCAUCAUCACAAGGGUGAUUGCAGCGAUGAUCGACCUAGCGAUGCGAAUGAUGACGAGAAGGUUCAUGGGAUAAUGAUGCUGGAGAGGAAUUACAAUAAGGCGAAGUCGUCCGAGCACGCGCCGCCGCUAACCUUUCUAGAGAAGUGGCUCCUAGACGAGACGGCUUCCGGUCAAGUAGAGGACAUGAUGGAGUUACCUUCGAUGUUCUGAUGACAACCCUUUGUUCCAUGUUGCUGUUCUUUUCUUGUUUAGGUUUGGAUUGAAAGGGGAAAAAAAGAGAAAAAAUAUAUAUAGCUUUAAGAGGUUUUUUUAUGUGUGUGGGACUUGGUACUUGGUUAUGUGGGGGGUUCUAAAAGAAGGUUUAGGAUCUCUAAUUUGCAGCUUUUGUAAAUCUAAUUUGGUUCUCUUGUGAAUGAAUUACCAAACGUCGCUUAGCAUCA